AUGGUGUUUGGAAAAGCUUGUCACCUACCAGCUGAGUUGGAGCAUAAGGCAUAUUGGGCGAUCAAGAAGCUAAAUAUGGAUGUUGAGUUAGCCGGUAGGAAGAGAAUAACACAGCUGCACGAGUUGGAAGAAUUUAGACUCCACGCCUAUGAAAAUGCUAAGUUGUAUAAACAGAAGACCAAGAGGUGGCAUGACAAGCAUAUUGUGUCGCACACCUUUGAGCCUAGCCAACUAGUGCUGCUAUUCAAUUCAAGGUUGAAGUUGUUUCCCGAAAAGCUUCGAUCUAAGUGGAGUGGUCCUUUUGAAGUGGUGAUGAUGACCCAACAUGCUACUGUGGAGUUAAGAAACAAGGAUAAAAGAUGUACUUUCCUUGUGAAAGGUCAAAGGGUCCAGCAGUAUUUCGGAAGUGAUAUGGAUCGUGAGCUUGAAGCGCUCACAUUGAAUGAUUAA